AUGCACCGGCGUUCAUUGCCCUACCGCUUCGACCCGACUCGAGGCUCAAGCGUUGCUGACGUGGUUUCUGAUAACGGUCGUCGUUACGUGUGCGGAAUAGCGAGGCCAAGUCUCCUUAAAACGGCUGAAGAUACCGUCGCGCGAUGCCUCCACCAAGCAACCUCCAGCAUAUCCAAAUCUUUCCCUCUACAUGAGUGAAGCGGCUCCAGCUCGGGCCUGGUGGUGGACGACGAGCAGGUUCCAGAAGACCAAUUUGUGGGCAUAAAACCUCGGAUUGUGGACUGUAAAACCUCAAUUUCGCAAUGUUUCUGUACAUCUGUACGAAAACUGUGCUUUCGUCGGAUCCGCAUCGCCACCACCAGCGCUCCACUCGUUUGGCUCAUUCCAAAACUUGCCUCGCGCCCGCCGUUCGUUUGUGCCGGUGUUGCCCCUCAAACCUCCGCUCUCCUCCGCCUCCGCGCCGCCUUCGCCCCUCCCGUCGCCGCUGCCCCGUGGAUUCGAGUGAAACUAGGAAAGAAAGAAAGAAAGCCCUCCGCUCGCCAUUCUUCCUCUCUCUCCUCCUUCCUCGGCCCUCUCCGCCAGCCCAGACACGCCACGUUGUUCAUGCUGUUGGUCGACCCGCUUUUUAUCAGCAGCGACGACAUUGUUGACCCCACCACCAUCUUCACGGGCUUCUUCUACAUUGGCGCGUGCGACGACCCAGCCUAACAGGCCUACCAACACCAGAUCCGACUAGAUACCAAGCCCCCCCCCCCCCCCCAAUUUGACCUACGCCAAUCUUGAUCAAGAUGGCGCAACCUUUCCCUGAACCUAUUAAACUCCACGAUGACGAGACCAGCUCGACCCAGUCGGAGGCCUCGGACACCGUACCGAACACCUUCGAGGGUCCCGAGAAGAACCUCGAGAUCGACUUCAAGCUCGGUGUCGGCCACGAGCGCGGCUUGCGCGAAGUGCCUCGCAACGACCUGGACGAAAUGUUGGAAGCGGGACAGUGCCAGAUUCUGUCCCGUACGAGCAACGAGCACAUCGACGCCUACGUGUUGUCCGAGAGCUCCAUGUUCAUCUACGCGCACAAGAUUGUGCUCAAGACAUGCGGUACCACCACGCUGCUCAAGUGUCUGCCCUACAUCAAGACCUUCUCAGAGCGUCUGGGUCUUGAGAUCGAGUGGGUCAACUACUCCCGCAAGAACUACACCUUCCCAGAGGAGCAAAAGUAUCCGCACACCAGCUUCCAGACGGAGGUGGCGUUCCUCAGCUCGUACUUCCCGGACGGCUCGGCCCACGUACUGGGUCCGUUGAAUCACGAUCACUGGUACAUUUACGCGUGGGACGCUGACAUCCAUGAACAGCCUGGUGCAUUGACGUGCAACCCAGACUUGAAGGAACCCCGUGCCAAUGAGAGCACCCUGCAGGUUCUGAUGCAGGACAUGCACCCGAGUGUGGCCAAGCAAUUCUUCAAGAAUAACGACAGCACCAUGACCUCCCGUCGUAUGACGAUUGAGAGUGGCAUCCGUGACCUGGUGCCCGGUGCAGUGAUCGAUGACUUUGCCUUCGAUCCGUGUGGAUACUCGAUGAACGGCAUCCUGUUUGAUGCCUACUACACGAUUCACAUCACUCCGGAGAGCCACUGCAGCUACGUGAGCUUCGAGACCAACGCGCGUCUCCGCUCAUACGCGUCGCUGCUCAAGAACGUGCUGCGUUGCUUCCGUCCGGCCAAGUACUCGGUGAGUGUGUACACGGACCGUAACGCACUGGAGUCUGCUAAGGGCAACAACAUGUUCGCGGAGGACAUGGUCAAGAUCGACGACGACCUGCUGUACAAGCGCAAGGGCGGACACACCCAGGCCACGUUCGAGGGCGACUACAUGUGCCGCAUGGCCAACUAUGCCCAGACGGACAAGCCUGUGCUCAGCCGCGCCGCCCAGAAGAUACGCUCUCCUUCUUUCGCUUAGGCGGAGGAAGCGACAGCUGCUAAGGUGGUCAUUGCCAAAGUGGCACGAAGUUCUGCCACUUCGCACUCUUCAUUUCUCUUUUCCUUUUAGUACCCUUCAUUGCAGAAAACAAGACACAAAAAAAAUCUACAGUAAGUGUAGCAGUAAAUAUGAUAAGGGUUUGUAUAACGUCAACCAUGAGACGAGACAUGGCUACAUAUCUUAGUCAUCCACUUCAAC